CAGCAGAAAUGUCUGCAACUCUCUAUGAUGUUCCACACAAAAUGAAGACAGAAGCUGUCGCAGUUUCCAUCAGAAAAGGUGAGAAAACACUGAACGAGUGCUGGAGAAGGUCAACAAGCUGUUUGGGGUUACUGUGUGCUCUCCAAGCGGUUACCAUCAUCGUGCUGUGUAUUAAGUACGCUGUGGAGUUAGGACAUUUGCAAUACACUAUCAAUGACCUCGCUGUGGAGAAAGACCAGUUGCAGACCAGUAAGAACAAUCUGACGACAUUCAAGGGCCUUUUACAGAAGGAGAAUGAUAUACUUAUAAAAAAGUUCACUGACUUAGGUUGGAAAUAUUUCAACUUCAGUAUUUAUUACACCUCUACUGAGAAAUUAAGCUGGACAGAGAGCAGAGAGCGCUGCAGAAGGAAGGGGGCUGACCUGGUAGUCAUAAACAGCAGGGAGGAACAGAUGUUCAUAUCAGGAUUUUCCAGAGAGGUCUGGAUUGGUCUGACUGAUGCUGAAACAGAGGGAGUUUGGAAAUGGGUGGACGACACUCUACACACCCUGGGAUAUUGGAUGCAAGAUCAGCCAAACAACUCUAAUGGUAACCAAAACUGUGUUUCUGUCCAGACUGAGGCGCAUCCUUUAAAUUCCUGGAAUGACUUCCAGUGUAUUUAUAAAAAACACUGGGUGUGUGAAAAAUAGCUCCCCCAGCCUUCCGAGAUUUGCUGGAAA